CACAAAAAGAAUCAGAAGAAGAUAUGCAAAUGCAAGCACGAUUUGCAUAUCUUCUGGAGAAAAAAAAACGGCAGUGUAGCCGUAGCCUCAACUUUGUUUUGAGAUUUUAAACUGAAGCUUAUAAAAUACAUUAACAAUUUUUGAAGAAGUCUCACUGAUUAUGGAUGCAUAAAAAAAAAUGGCCUUUAUAUAUGAAACCACUUUUAUUUCUUAAAAUGUAUUUGUUUAAUUCUUGAAAUCUAAAGUAUCAAAUACACAGUGUAGAAAAAUGAUUUGGGAGGUGUGUAUAUGUGGCUUUGGAGAACUGAGAAUAACUAAUCAGUUUUAUUCAUAAUGCAAGAUGGUACUUUAUUCAGAAACCAAUACAAUUGGAAGAAUUAAACUUUAAAGGUAUCAAAUAUUGUAUAAACUUUUGGGACUAUGGGGAGUGUUUUUAGAGCUUGCCUGUUAAGCCAUUGAAAUGGAAGGUUUGAAGAAAUUAGUAUUCUUAUGCUAUUGUGGUAGUGCCAGAGAGGUUUUAAUAGCUAACAGUAAAUUGGAUUCUUCUAAACACUGAAUAUUUUAACUGUUCUGGUCAGAUUUUUACUCCUGUUCUGCCCAGGAGUUUUUUUCCAGAUUCCAGAAAUUGAAGUAUUUUGCUUUAUUGUUCGUUGUCCUAGUGCCAGUGAGAAGAAGAAAAAAAUAUUACUUAUUUUCUCUGCAAGAGGAGAUUUUAUUCCCAACUUCUACCUGUGUUUUUGUUUUUUGGCACUAUACUUAGUUUUUUCAUUGUGAAAAUGCAGAUCAUUCCUAAGUGUGAACUAGCAGACACAACACUUUUUAAUAACUUUUUUUUUGUGCUAUAGUUUAAUCAGGGAAUAAUUCCAGGAAGACCCGUGGCUUGUGUGAUGCAAGAUGAUCCAACUGAUGAUGUGUGUGGUUUCAAACCAGACAUUUCAUCCAACUGAUGAAUGUGGAAGCCACCAUCAGAAUUGUUGGUUUUAGGUGUUUGCUGCUUCAUUGGCCAUCUACAGAGCAUCAUUGAUGGCUGCAUUAUUUGCAGAAGCCAGUAUCCUGGCUUGAUGAUCUUAAAGCCUUGAAGUACAGAAGCUGUCCUGAUUUUCUGUCUACACUUAAGAACACUUCCCUAGUGAUAAUGUUGGAGGCAGAUGCCACAAUGUAUGCAAUGAGAUUUUCAGCCAGAACCAUGGAUCCAACUCAUCAGCCAGAUGCAACAUCUGGCUUUGCUCCUGAAAGUCUUCACGAAGAAAUCAUUGAUUUCUACAAGUAUAUGUCUCCCAGACCGGAAGAAGAAAGAAUGCGAAUGGAAGUGGUGAACAGAAUAGAAAAUGUUAUUAAGGAGCUCUGGCCAAAUGCAGAUGUGCAGAUAUUUGGAAGUUUUAAAACUGGUUUAUAUCUACCAACUAGUGAUAUUGACUUAGUUGUGUUUGGAAAAUGGGAGACUUUGCCUCUCUGGACCUUGGAAGAGGCUCUUAGAAAGCACAAUGUAGCAGAUGAAGAUUCAGUAAAGGUUCUAGACAAAGCAACUGUACCUAUUAUUAAACUGACAGAUUCCUUCACUGAAGUAAAAGUUGAUAUCAGCUUUAAUGUACAGAAUGGGGUUAAAGCAGCCCAACUCAUCAGAGAUUUUAUCAAGAAAUAUCCUGUAUUACCAUAUCUAGUUUUAGUAUUAAAACAGUUCCUGUUGCAGAGGGACCUUAAUGAAGUAUUCACAGGUGGAAUUGGGUCUUAUAGUCUCUUUUUAAUGGCUGUCAGCUUCCUCCAGUUGCAUCCCAGGGAAGAUGCCUGCAUCCCCAGUGCCAACUAUGGUGUCCUUUUAAUAGAAUUUUUUGAAUUAUAUGGACGUCACUUCAAUUACCUGAAGACAGGAAUCCGAAUAAAGGAUGGUGGUUCAUAUGUGGCUAAAGAUGAAGUGCAAAAGAGUAUGCUGGAUGGGUAUAGACCAUCAAUGCUAUAUAUUGAAGAUCCACUACAGCCAGGUAAUGAUGUUGGGAGGAGUUCAUAUGGUGCCAUGCAAGUGAAACAGGCCUUUGAUUAUGCAUAUGUUAUUUUGAGCCAUGCUGUAUCACCAAUAGCUAAAUAUUAUCCCAACAAUGAAACUGAAAGUAUAUUGGGUAGAAUAAUUAGAGUAACGCAAGAAGUGGCCUCAUACAGAGAGUGGAUAUCAAAGCAUUGGGGAAUGCAGAGUAGGACUGAGUCUUCAUGCAAUGCUAACGGAGUAACUUUGAUAGUAGAUACUCAGCAGCUAGACAAGUGUAACAAUAAUCUCUCUGAAGCAAAUGAAGCACUGGGAAAAUCUAGAAGUAAAACCUCAGAAACACUCAGUAAACAUUCUUCAAAUUCUUCAUCAGGUCCAUUGUCUUCCUCCUCUUCUACAUUGUCCAGCUCUAGUGAUGUGGAUUCUGACGGAACACCGUGCAAAACAUCUAAACAGUUGAGUUGCCAUCAGUCUACUACAAACAGGGUGGGGUCACAAGAAAUAGCACUGGAAUCCUCUCAGUCCAGUGGGAAAAGGCAAAACAGCCAAACAGCUAAUACAUCCAACAGCACAAACAAAUCUCAGCAUGGAUCAGCAAGGUUAUUUCGCUCUUCCUCCAGCAAAGGCUUCCAGGGUCCAACAAAUUCAAACCAUGGUACCUCAGUGACAAACAAACAGCAUCAAGGCAACAAAUCACAUCAGUUUUUCCACGGCAAAAAGAGGAAACACAAGAGGGAUGUUGUCCUUUCUGACCUUUGUAGAUAGUUGCCUAUUUUAUGACUGUUCUUCUGUGUGCAAUGAUUUCAUGCUACAGAAUAGUUUGAUAGUGACUCCUUGGAUCUCUUGUGGAGCUUCAGACUGUUCAGACAUUGAUUAGCAACUGCAUUUUUUUCCCAGCUCGCCACAGAAUGGAUCAUGAAGAUUGAUCACUGCAAAAAGAGGGAAGAAGGCUGAUCAUUUGAUAAGUCAUGUGCUACAACAGGGUCAUUUAGCAUAUCUUGAAUGUAAAAUAAAUAUAUCUCCCAUCAGCUCAUGCUGAACUGUAGAGGUAGUAUUCAGUGUGUUUGGCAGAUAACAAACAAAACACAAAAAAAAGGAAAAAAGAUGAAAAAUUGUAUUUUGAGGGAAAUCCAGCCUUUAAAGAUUAAGAAGUAAUUUGUGCAUGAUUUUUUUUAUUAUUUUUGCAUAUACCAUUUUAUUGUGUGUGUGUAUAUAUAGAUGACCAUAUAGGAAAAUUGACAUUUGUAAUAGUGGAUUUGUUAAUACUUUUUACAUAACAUAACUGUUUAAAUUGUAAACAGAAUUUUUUCUCAGGAUUAGUUUGGAAAAUAAUCUGAAUUGUCAUCUUAACAUUCAUUUAAAAACGCUACUAGUUGACAUUGCUCAGAUUGAUUUUGUUCACAUUGAAAUGAUUUACUAGAACACUUAUGAUCUUCAGAAGUUGUUCCUCUAAAGAGAAAAGUUUAUGGUGGCAGAUGAAGUCUCAUGUGUAUAAAGUGUACAUGUACUUUUGUGUAAACACUGAACUUUUGGUCAUCUCUGACAAGUAAUCUUCACCUGUUUAGAGAGUUCCAUUGUUGUAAUUUUUUUUCCAGUUUGUCGUUCCCCCUCUUUCCCCCCCCCCCUGCCACAGCCACCAGCAAUCUCCAAUUUUUAAAGAGAAAAAGCUAUUUGGGAUUUUUGUCUUUUUAGUUGCAGUAAAAGCCAAGUCCAUUUGUACAAAUGUUUGCAUUCCUGAGCUGCUUCAAUCCCAUGCCUUUUGUUUGUCUUUUUUCCCUCAAAGUCUGUUUUUUGUCUUUUUUUUUAAAUAUAUAUAUUUUUGCUAAACUCACUUUGAUGAGAAUUACUGUUCAAGCUAUAAGUAAACUUUCUUAUUAAAAUAUUUUUUCUCAUUCCCCUUUUAUGCAUUUUAUAUGGACACUAAUAAAAAUUAGUCUUCAAAUAAUGGAAAUAUAUUUUGUAUUGCCUUAAAGACCCAAACCUUUCAUAGCCUCCUCCUACUACUACUUGUUACCUUCAAUCAAAAGUUUUAACAUUGUCUGGUUCAGUUACACUUUAAAUUUUGGUUGAAAUAAAUUAAUGCCUUGAAAGCAAAUUAAAUAUAUGAUUACAUUCACAUGUAUAAUUUGAAAAAUAAGUUGGGGGCACUUUAAUGACAGAAUGUAAAGUGGCAUUUACUUUAACAUUUUUUCUUUAAAGAGGAAAGAGUUUGUGUUCAACAUACCUGCAAUGCAUUUAAUGCAGCUGUCCUGGAGAUGAUGAUUUUAUAAAAGUACUGUUAGCUUUUAGAACUUUUUUUAUACACAUAUACAAAACAUUGCAGACCAACCUGACCUUUAAUGGGCACUGAUCAGUGCAAUGACUUUUUAAAUAAAAUAAUGCUAAAAUAAGACCCAACUUAAUGUCAUCACUGAAAUAAACAUUUUCAACAAUAUAUUUGUGUUUUACUUCAAAAAGAAAAAUACAUAUUUCAAAAAGAUGGAAAUUUAUUACAUUUACUCAUACAGACAUUAAGAGCUUAAAAAGUGAUGUUAAUUUGACAAUGUUUUAAAUUUUAGAUUCACAUUUUUAUUCUGAUCAAAUAAUUUUAUUAACAGGACAUUGCGCUUUUGUUCAUAGAAACUAGUACACAUUGUACCACAUUAUGCAUAAUCACAGUAUUUAUUUUGUUUUAGAUUAUUGUGAAUGUGUAGAUUUAUGUUCACUGUUUAGGGAACAAUUAUUUAUAAAUUAUAUUAAUCCAGUAUUGUUAGCUGCUAUUAGCAAAACUGUUCCAAACACUUAAUACUUGCAAAGAUCUGUAUCUCAUUUACCACACUGAAGUGUUUUUAUAAAGAAUCACCCUCAUUGUUGAAAGCAGAUGAACUCUUAGGGUGAAGAUAUUAGUGUUCCACUAAGCAUGUGAUAAUUUUAAGGUGGUGGUAGCGGGAAGAUAAUCUUGAUUCCAUUGGGAAUCUUAGGUUUGCCUCAAUUUAUGGUUUUCAUAAAUUUAAUGGAAAAUAGCUUUUCCUGGACUGCAAGUUUCUUUUUGGUAAACAGUAUCUUUCUAAAAGAGAAAAGAAGCAUGAAGGAAAAAUUGAGGUGUAUUUUAUAUUGCCUCAAAUGACCAGCAUUGUAUUAAUAAAAUACUGUAUAUCUUGCAAAUCUUUAUUUAAACAGAACAGUUGAACUGUUCAUUUUUCAAUCUGAAGUAAAAUACUUUCAAGAC